AUGUUUAAGUUGAUUUAUUGACUUUUAGCAAGUGUCCUUGGCAGCUACAUCGAUCUUACACGAAUUCCAAUCACCAAUCCGCCCCCUGAAGCAAGGCUAUAUCAAGCAAUGGACUAUGACCCUAAUACAAACUCAUUAAUAACGUUUGGAGGUGCCACAACUCCAGCAAAUAAGUUUAAUGAUAUAUGGCAAUACAGCUUCAACACUAGUCUCUGAUCUCAUCUAGAAGAAACAUCCUCAGUUGCCCCAGGUAUUUUAUGACUCUCUCCCAUAAAAAAAAAUAAAAAUGAGAAGUAUUACUAAUCUUUCGAAAAAAAAGUAUCCAUCAGCAUAGCGGAAGGUAAGAAGAUGCAAGAAUGAGUCCUGCAGUUUUCAUUGAUGAAGCGUCAGGGAUCUUUUAUAUGUUUGGAGGAUCUUCAGAUUCUGGCCCUCAAAAUGAUUUAUGGGCUUUCACCAUCAGCACAAUGAAAGUAACUUUCAUAUAGUGAAGCGCUGUAAAAACAACUGGCUCUCCAGAUCCAAGAAGCUCUAUGGGCUAUACCAAAUACUUACUCCCCCCCUCCGUGAGUGAACAAAAAAAAAUUUUGUUCACUCACGGAUGUGUUAAUUUUGUUUUAAAAAAAUUUAUAUAUAAAUUUUAUAGAGAUGCAACUAGCAGUGAGGAUAUUGAAUUAUCGCGUGAAAUUGAUGAAAGAAAGCCAGAAGGGAACGGUACUGGGGAAAAUAUAUCUGUUAAAUGAACAAAUGGAUCUUACAUGGGUCAGAACAUGUGACAAGUGAGCAGAAAUGAUAAAUUUCAGCGAACUGGAAUUGCAUAGGAAGGAAACUAAGACUGUAAUCGAAUCAAGGAUAAGAAAAAAUGCAUGGCGUCAGCACGCAAGUAGAAUUGAGACAGAAGUGAGAACGACAACGAGACUAUUGGCUGCUCUAAAUGACAAUUAUAGAGUGGAGUUAUUAAUGCAGCUACAAAAGUACGGAGUACUAGAAGGAAUUGUUAGGAGAAAUUUUAAGAUGCAUGAAGUGGUGCUAUAUGAUUUUAAAUUUAUUAGAUGAUUGAAGGAAAAUCAUGAUGAUGUAAUGGUUGAAGCUGACAACUGUACAAAGAAUUUUAUUUACUUAUUAGUGCGUAAAAAAGAGAGAAAUGCUGGAUCACAGCGAUAAUUCAAAUAAUAAUAAUAAUAAUAAUAAUAUAUAUAUAUUUUAUAAAAAAAAUAUUUUUUUCGAAAUUUGAAAAAAUCCUAAUACGCAAAAAUUGGAAAGCAAAUAUUAAUUUAUUUGUAAAAUUUAUGUUUUAAAAAGCAAUUCGUUAAAAAUUAAACAGAAUUAACACUAGAUUUCAUUAUACUGAUUAUCACUUAUAUAUCAAAAAUUUUUUCCCGUAAAAAAAAUUUUGUUCACUCACGGAGGGUGGGGUUUUUGGGCAAAAAAUAGCGAUUUUUCUAAUGGUUUUGUUCACUUACGGAGGGGGAGUUAGACAGUUCUGGAAUCCUUUAUUUUGCUGUGUAUGCAGGCAAAGGCUUAGCAGGGAUUCUAAAUACUCUUGAAAUUCUAAACACAAGCACCAUGAAAUGAACCCUCAUGCCGAACAAUGGAGACUCUCCAAUUGCUUUAUUUUCCCCGAAUAUCCAAUAUUACGAUGGAUACAUUUAUAUUGCUGGAGGAGACGACUAUAUCAAUAGUAUUUAUAAUACAAAUUUUUACCGGUAUGAUAUUGCUAAUAAAAAAUGAGAAGACAUAACAAAUCCUAGCGGAACUUAUAUAUGCAGAAACCUAGGAAGCAGCUUUAUUUAUAAUGGCGAUUUUUAUUUAAUGUAUGGGUGAAGUGAUGAACUGCAAGGGGAUAUUUCUGAGAUUUCCAAAGUAAGCUUAACUGACCCAGAUUUCAAAUGAAGCACUGUAAGUGUAGUUAAAAACGAUGACCCUGCAAUAAUUCCAAGAGAUUCUUAUGGGUUUGCGUCGGAUGGCAGCGCAUUUUAUAUAUUCGGAGGCUAUUGCUCUGAUGGGAACUUGAAUGAUGUGGUGAAAUUUGAUGUAGCUCAGGACUCAAUUUCUUAUGCAAGUUUAGCGCUUAUUAAUGUAAGUCCAUCAGCAAGAUCUUAUCAUACAAUGGAAGCUAUUGAAGGGUUUCUCUAUAUUUUUGGAGGGGUUUAUAAAGAAACAAGGCUUAAUGAUCUUUGGAAAUUUGACCCUGAGACUGAAAUUUGGGAGUCAAUUUCUUCCAAAGGAGUAGUCCCACCUGCAAGGUCUCAUCAUGCAUCUGGGGCUCAAGGCAAUGUGAUGUUUAUUUUUGGAGGAAUUGAUAUUUCCGGCCAAUAUUUAGACGAUCUGUAUCAGUUUGAUGUUACUUCUAACACUUGGAAAUUAAUAUCUCCUUCAACUACUAACAUUCCUUCUGCUCGCUAUGGUGCUUGCGCAGUGUACUCAAUCCCAAUUUUGUAUAUGCUGUGCUCACUCCCCCCAUCCUUGAUCGAACGAUUGACUGUAAAAAUUCCUAAAAGUUGGGGAAAUUAACCCCCAUCCUUGAUUGAACGAUUUUCAGAUCAUGACAAUUUUUACAUAUAUAAAAAUAUAAUAGUUAUCAAAAGCUUGGGAAGAUGUACCUAAUGAAGUUGUUUUCAGAGCUUUGAGGCGACAGAAUGCUGCGGAAUCAACCAUCCGAAGUGUGAUUAGCCAUCAACUUAGGCUUAAAAACUCAAUAAUCUAAUAAAAUAGAGAUUCUUUAAAAUUUAAAAAAAAAAAUUUAAUUCAAUAAGGAAAAAAAAAAAUUUAUACAAUUUAAAAGGGUAACUAAUAAAUCAAAAAUAUUAAAAAUUGGAAUUUUAUGAAAUUUUAUAUAUAAAUUUUUUUUCCCAAAAAAAUUUUUUUUAACCCCCAUCCUUGAUCGAACGAUGGCGAGUCGUUUGAUCAAGGAUGGGGGGGAGUCAGUAAAGUAGUAUUAUUUAAUAUAAGCAAAAUACAAUGGAGCUUAUAUUAUUUAUAUAAAUUUUUUUAUAAUUAAUGAGCAAUAGUAUAUAUAUGGAGGCUACACCUUUUCAUCAAUUUCUAAUGAGCUCUGGUCAUAUGACAGUGGAUCAAACACCUAUAGUCUGCUUUCAUCUGAAGCUCCAUAUAAUUUAUUUUUCCCACGAUGUGCAGUUGACACCGAUGGAACGAGCCUAAUUGUGAUGGGAGGAAAAACUGAUGGAGACAUGCCAGUCAGCAACAUUUUUUCUUAUUCAAUAAGUAAAAAUACUUGGAAAACAUUAAAAGUUCCUGAAGAUUGGUUUCGAAAUAUGGGGGAAGGAGUUGUUGUUUAUAUAAGAGAUUUCAUUAUAUUUCUAGCAGGAGAGCAAUGGGGGACUGAUAUAAAGGAUUAUGUGUAUGCAAUUGACAUUGCGAAUAAUUACACUUAUAUCGAUUAUCCUCCUACUCCUGUUCAUAUUUUUAGUGCUGCCUAUGCUUAUUAUAAAACUGACAUAUAUAUUCAUGGGGGAGGCCUUGCUACAGGAAUUUUUAUGAGAAAUUCUGUGCCUGUCAGCACUUUUUAUAAAGUUAAAGUGGCGCAGUUUUGCAACCAAACAUCUUGCCCUGCAAUUUGCAGUCCGGGUUCCUAUAUAAGCAAUGGUGGAUGUGCAGCUUGCCCUGUUGGAAGCUAUAAUUAUGAAUUUGGCCAAAGCACAUGCACUGAAUGUCCUGAAGGAACCUACAACCCAAGCAUAGGCUGCAAUAACAGAAGAGAAUGUUUUCCAUGUCCAGAAGGAGAAUACAAUAAUCUUAUAGGCCAAUCUCUGUGCAAAAAAUGUCCUAUUCAUUACUUCUGCCCAACAGGAAGUUCAGAGCCAUCAGAAAGCUCAGCUGUAAUUUUGUCCACCUCAACACAGCCUAAAACUUACGAGUCAGACUCUUCUGAAGUCGAUACAAUCAACAACAACUACUUAUACAGCUGCUUAGCCCUCUUUGGACUUAUCACAACCUUACUCCCCCUCCGUGAGCAAAUAAAACCAUUAGAAAAAUAAACCCACCCUCCAUGAGCAAAUAAAAAUUUUUUUAAUAGAAAAAAUUUUUAUGGAAAAAAAUUAUGAAAUAUAAGAAAUAAUUAGUAUAAUGAAAUCUCGAGCUAAUCUUGUUUAAUUUUAAUAAAUUGCGUUUUAAAACAUAAAAUUUUACAAAUUAAAUUGAUAUUUGAUUCCCAAUUUUUGCGAAUUAGGAUUUUUUUAAAUUUCGAAAAAAAAUUAAUCCCCUCCGUGAGCGAGCAAGACCUUUGUUUUUCGCUCACGGAGGGGAGUUAGUAAUCUGAUCAAAAGAUUUUCGCAAUAAAUUAAGAGGCUUUGACGAGUUCGAUGAAAAACAUAAUAUAGGACAAGAUAUUGUGCUGAGAAAAUCCAAAAAUCGAUUUGGUGGCUAUUUCACUAUUGGGUAUAUUAUUGGUGCUUCCUGAUUUAUAUUUGCUAAUAUAUCAAAUUUUGUGUGAAAUAACGUGAGUGAGACGAAGGCUUUGUUGCCAUUAGUGGCUGUUGAGGACCAAGUAAUAAGUUUUCUGGGUGAUGUCACACUGGUUUCUUCAUUUAUUAGAUAUGGAGGGAAGUGCGCUAGUGACGAGGAUGGGGCUUGCUUGUCUGAAGUAAAGGUCUCGACGACUAAUAUAAAAUCAAAAGGAAAUUCUGUAACCUGUGUCAUGGAUAAAAGUAAUAAUUGCAUUAUUACUUUUACUUGUGAUGACUGCGAAAUCUUAACUGGUGCUGAAGUGAACUUUGCUUUAGCUGAGUCUUUGAGCUUUGCUUCAGCGAUUUUAGUUAAUGUGACUUCAUCUUCUUCUAUUCCUGGAGCAAUUAGUAAUGAAGAAAUUGGCCUUUCAUCUUCUACAAAUAAAGUACUUACUCUAAUUAGAAAAAUAAAACCAAUUUUCGGCUGCAAUAUACGGCCAAUACUGGUGGCCAGCUUAAUAUUUCCCCAAGUCUGGGAUUAUAAAGCUGACCACCAUGGCCGUAUACUCUGGAAAUAUUUGCAAGCACAAUAUUUUGAUGCCUCCAGCAGCAGAGAAUUAAAAAGCAUACACAAUUAGAGCUUAAUAAUUUAGUUAAAUAUACCCCAUUUUAUAGAGAGAGCUUAAUAAAAUGCUUAUAGGAGAGUUAGAGGGUAUGAUCCAUCCGUUUUUUAUUUUUCAAUGGUUCCAUCACUAUUCAGAUCAGAAGUAUCUAAUUGGCCAAGCAAUUUAACUGGUUACCAUGUAGAAAUCACUGAAAACCCUACUCGUGGCUCUGAGUAUUAUACAUAUGAGCUGCCUUUCAGCUCAAAUCUGAAUUUAAGAGUUGUGCUAAAUAAAAGCACAAAUUGCUUAAGUACUGUUCGAAGUGCUAAUCAAACUUGGUUGGUACUACUAACUCCCACCUCCGUGAACGAGCAGAAUUUUUUUGUUCACUCACGGUGAGGGUCAAUUUUAUUUUUAAAUUUUUAUAAUAAAUUUUAUUGUAAAUUUUUUUUUCGAAUUUAAAAUAUCCCAAUUCACGCGAAUAUUUAUUUAAUUUGUAAAUUUAUGUUUUAAAAUGCAAUUUGUUCAAUAUUAAACAAGAGAUUUCAUUAUACUAAUUAUACUUAUAUAUCUAAAUUUUUUUCAUAAAAAUUUUUGUUCGCACACGGAGGGUGGGUUUUUGGUAAUAAAUGGGAUUUUUCCAAUGGUUUUGUUUACUCACGGCGGUGAAGGAGUAAGUGCUUUACUGGGCGCUGUUUUUGGGUGAAAAGAUACAGUGCAAGGGAUAAUGAGCGCUAUUGAGAAAAAACUUGUUUAUGCCAAGGAAAAAAUUGGCAAAAAACUAGAAUUUGCUAAAAGAGCCCUUAAAACAAAGCAUCUUGCUGAUAUCUUUGAUUUGAGAAGAAGCAAAAAACUUGAGCCAGCCUUUAAUUUAGAUGAGUUAGAUAAAUCAGCAGUGCAUGGAAAAACGUAUGAUAAGAUACACACAGAAAGAUAA